AUGGAUAGCGUUUUAAAAUAACUAACGAAUAAUUUCAAUGAAUUAAUAAGUAGGGAAUAGUUAUUACGAUUUCUUGACUAGAGAUGCACAUAAUUAUUUGACAGAAUAAUCUUUGAAUAAUUAUAUUCGAGAAUGCCAAAAGGCAUGAAUGGAUAUGUUUCAGUAAAUGAUUUUAAACAAAUCGUGCUGCAAGCUUAUUAAACGUUGACUACUAAAAUUGCUCAAUCUUCUACUUUAAUGGAUCAAAAAAGAAAUGAAUUGAAUUCAAUUUCAUAAAAAUUAAAACAAUUAGCGAAUACGGAGAGAUACAAUAAUUACAAUAUUAGUUUACAAAGCACGCUAACGAUUUAAAUAUUAGAUGGAAUAGUGUAGUUUCCUGGAAACUCGUUGGUAUUUAUCAAGAUAGGAUGUGAUGAAAUUAUUUAUCAAACCAAACAUGCUAAUCGAAAUUCGCCUCAAUGGGGUGAUACAUUUACCUUCCCCAUAAGGACUGGUUAAGAAGAGGUAUGGCUUGCAAUUUUGGAUGAAGAAUCAGCCUCAAAUAAAUAAAUAGGAGGGUAAGUUCAAUUGCAAUUGCAGCAAUUUUACGAUUAAAAAGUUCAUGAGGAAGAGCUCAGUCUAAUGGAUCAACAUAACAUUUCAAAGGCAGCAGUUGUGAAGGUUACAGUUCAAUGGAUACAUUCUUAAACAAAAUAUUUGGAGUAGGAGAUCUUGGAGACUCAAUAACAGAUGCAAGAACUUAAAUUCGAUAUUGAUGAGUAUAACAACGAUAUUAAGGCAAUAUUCUAACCAUUUCAAAUAGAAAGUGUUGGAAAUCCGAUUGAGUAAUCAGAUUCGAUUUAGAAGCACUAAUAAAUUGCAAAUUAACUAUACUCGACUCAAUAAAACUAUUCAGUAGAGCCUCCUAAACAGAAUACUGAAAUCACUCCAAACUAAUGGUUAAGAAUAAGUUUGAUACUAACUCUUAUGUUUUUUGUAUCAGCUAUCGCGGAAUCGUUUAUAAGAACAUAAUAUUUGGAUUUUCUAAUUUUAUUUUACAGUUUGUGGUUUUAUAUGAACAAUUCUGAAUUGCACUCUCUAUUACAUAUAAAAAUAAUGGCAUUUAUGUACAUUUUGUCAAUUGUUUAUGAUGGCUUUUGGAUGUUUUUUUAUUUUAAACCUUACUUAAAAAACGAAGUCAAAUUCGAUCAUCAAGAAGACACAUUUCAUUAAUACACUGUAGUACUUUGCAUUUUGAUUCUCAUAGAAAAACUAUUUAUUAUACUCUCUUAUUUUAAUCUGUAUGUAAAAUGUCCAAAUGCAAGAUAGAACAUCUUUGAUGAGUAAUAUGAGAUUUGUUUUGGAUCAUAUUAUCAAUAGAAAUUGGCAGAAAGUCAGAAGUAAGCUCAAUACUCAAGCAAGGUGAUAAGAUAAGGCACUCCGAAUGUCAAGUACAUCUAUCCUAUGCAAUAAUAAUCACAAAGUCAAAGAUAGCGCUAUUCUUUGAGAUAUGUUCAAUGA